AUGUGCGAUCCAGUAGAAACACGCGAUAUUAACGAUCUGUUUGAUGAUAUAGUAUUAACGGAGGAGAAACACGCACGCCUUGGCUUUGAGGAGGGACUGAAGGACGGACUUGAGCAGGGCAACGAAGAGGGCUACAAACUGGGCUAUGCACAGGGCGUAGAGCUGGGCAACGAAAUCGGCACAAUUUAUGGUCAGGUCUUGGCGCAACUACAGGUGCCGCAUACGAGCAAGGUGCAGAGGACAUUGGAGCAAUUGCGUGCACUAAUCGAUCAAUUUCCGCGCACCAACGAUCCAGAAGCAGAUAUUAUUGGUGCUGUGGAACAGAUUCGUAGCAAGAAUACGCUGCUCCGAGCUCUGUUGCGUUCCAAGGCGGCAGGCGGUGUUUUGGAGUCGGCGGGACGCAAGGAUUACAGUUUCUAAGAUGACAUCCUGCAACGUUAAGCAGA